AGUUUGCCCUUGUCUGCCUGAGCUUACUUGAAUUACUUUUGAUGGUUUAUUGCCCGCUAUGCGUAUCAGGCUGCUGUCAGCAUCAUGGCGGAAGGGUGCGGCUUCGCUAAAAUUCUGCGUUGGAGGAGUUCGUGUCUCAUGAAGGUGCUGCUGAACGAAGUGUUGCAGGAGCCAAUGCCCCCAGAUCUGUGUGCCCUGCUGUUCCAAGGAAGGAACCUGUCUAGCUUUCUGCGCGACUUUCAAGAUUUUUGCCUUGUGAAGACGUGGGACAAGAAGGCGAUGUGGUACAUGUUCCCCUUGUUUGUUUGUGAAGGACUAAGCGAGGAAGUGUAUGCCCUCAAGCAAAAGGCGGAGACAUGGGAUGAGUUGGAAAGCUCCUUAAGGCUAAGAUUCUCAGAAGAUGGAAUGGAGGGCCAACCUGGGGAAUGCCCUGUGCCGCCAAGCACGGGCGCACCAUCGCAGGCGGAGUUAAGUGGGCUACAAAGACAAGUAGGGGCAUUGGAGGAGAGGUUAGCACGGCUGGAGGAGGCCAGGAGAGGCGAGCUGAAGGUUUCAGAAGAUUCCCUAAGUAAGCCGACAGACCAGGGUGAAAAAGGAGUGGGGAAGGAUGACCAAGAGCCACCCCUCUCGAUAGGAACCCCAAAGAGGCGAGCUGGUGUUCAGGCGAGGGGUAGAGGCGAACAAUGCUUUGAAGCAAAGGAGGAGCAGAAUGCUAAUAUGGCCCUACCUGUUAUUGUGCCGGACCCAAAGAGGGGGCUCAUUAACAUGGAAGCACCCUCAGCUGCAGGUCGGGAGAGACAGAAGAGUGGGUGGUGGCCCGAGCAUUGGGUAGAAGAGGUGCGUGGUCGUUGGGAAAGGACUGGCCGUACCCCUCGAGGAAGUGAAGAAGUGAGUGUGACGGGAGAAAAAGGGGAGCUUGGACCACCCAAGUUGACAAAGGCUCAGCGGAAGGCGAGGAAUCGGGCCCAGGGAGGUCAGGGUACCGAAAAGGGGCAGUGCCCUCGGCAAGAGGUAGCCGCCCCGCGGGAAAUGGAGGGCGAAUUUGCUCAAAAGGGGCCUUUGGCAGCCGAACAGGCACUAUAUCGACAGUGGACGCCGUACGAUCGGAUGGGUGUAGGGCCUGAGAUUGGGAUGGACUUCUUCAAGGGAUAUCAUGUCUCCAAAUUUAUUGAAAAGUUUGGACGGAUAGCAGCCUACUACGAAUGGAGUGAGGAGCGAAUGCUGAAAGAGGUCAUAAGGUUUAUCCAUAUAGGAUUGAAGGAUGAAGUUGACAGGUUAAUUAAAGGAGCAGGGUCGUCAUGGAGGAAAUUUUGUGAUGACAUGAGGCAUAAGUACUGGCUAGGUGAGGAACACCCAGCCAGAAGCGAUCCGGAGAAGGUGCCCAGGUCUUUGGUAGCCCAAACCCAACCCAGGAGGCCGUUGCAACUACCGCCUCAACAAGUGUCACAAGGCGGCGGGACCAACGAAGAAGGUCAAAGGCAGGGGGCAAGAAGAGGCCGCGAGAACGGUGGGCGCGACAGAGAAGGACGCAGCGGCAGCAGAGGUGGCUUUGCGGGUUGGGAAAAUGACAUUUCCAGACAUUGUGCCAAGGAAGGGCACAUCAUAAAGUUUUGUUGGGUGCGCAGGGCAGAUGAGGCAAGCGGUCUAAUAAGGACUGACAUUGAGGGGAAUGUCUUCGACAGGACGGGGGAGUAUAUCGACCCAACCAUCCCUGGGGGAACAAGGAAGGAGGCUUUGCGGCGAGAUGGGGCAUCGAGCACUGCCUCCUAAAUGUAAUCGUGGAGGAGAAGGAUUUGUGUGAGAACGGCCUGGAAAUUUAAGCAGACUGUAGAGAUACGCGAAAAUCGCAGUUACAUAGC